AUGGGCCUCGUCUCGGCUGGGUCGGCGGCAGUCGACGUCGUCGGCGACGGCGACGGCGAUGGCGACGCACCGCGAGCUGCGAGGCCGGACCAUGGCCCGGAGGCAGGCCGCGUCGGCCGGCGCAUCUUGUUCCUGGACGCCUACGACUCCUUUACCAACAACAUCGUGUCCCUGCUCAAGGACGCGCUGGGCAGCAGCGUCCAGGUGCACGUUUUGCACAUGGACCUCCGGACCGUCGACGCCGACCCCACGCCCGACUGGACGAGGCAGCAGUUUCUGCACCGCCUGGCAGACUUUGACGCCGUCGUCUGCGGCCCGGGGCCCGGCUCGCCGCUCAACGACGCCGACGUGGGCGCCUUCAAGCUCCUCUGGCGCCUGCCUCGGGAGCAGUCGGUUCCCGUCCUCGGCAUCUGCCUCGGCUUCCAAAGCCUGGUCGAGCACUUUGGCGGCACCAUUCGACGGCUGAGGAGGGGUCUGCACGGCAUGGUGAGGGACAUUGACCACGUCCAGGUGCCGCCGGCCGACAUUUUCGACGGCGUCCCGCGCUUCCGAGCCACGCUCUACCAUAGCUUGUGCGCCGACAUCGGCCAGGACGACGUUUCGGACCGCGAGUGGCCCGACGCAAGGUGGCUGCCGCCAAAGCAGGCUCCGGAACUCUUGCCUCUUGCCUGGAUUUCCGAGCCCAGCCAAGAAGAAGAAGAAGAAGAAAAAGGAGGAGGACGAGGAGGAGGAGGAGAAAAAGUCCCCAAGGCCGGUCCGGAGCGGAUCCUGAUGGCGGUUCGCCACGCAAACAGGCCUUUCUGGGGGGUCCAGUAUCACCCAGAGUCCGUGUGCACGGAACCAGCCGCCCAGCAGGUCAUCAGGAACUGGUUCCGCCAGGCUCUCAAGUGGAAUGACGCGGCCCGGCGACAGGUUCGCCCAGUCCCCAGCAUAAACCAUGUCGAUAGCUUGAACCCUUCCAACCGCAGCUUACCCGGCGCCGAUUCUGCCCGCCAACUGUCCUCUUGCCCCUGGUGGGAGGACUUGCAAACCGGACUGGCACGGCGAGGCAUCAAGCCCGGGUACUCUUGUCGACAAAUCAAGUUGCCCGGUGGCGUUGAUGCUGCCGACAUCGCCCAAGUUCUCGGCCUCGACUCCGGCAGCGACACCAUCAUACUCGACUCGUCCAGCACCGGGAAUGGCGAUCCGCUUGCAAGGAGCUCGGUCCUUGCGCUAGGUGUCGAGGAAGCACUGCGUCUGGAAUAUCACGUGGGAGAUGACCAUCUGGUGCUGCGCUUGCCAGCCUCCGGCGGCAGACAAGAAGAGUGCCAGAGGAUUCGGCUUGGUCAUGACGCCGACCCUUGGAGUCCCUGGCACGUCAUGUCCGAGUAUUGGAGGUGGAGAAGGGUGCCGCAAGACAGCCAAGUGCCCGUCUUCAAGGGCGGAUUCUUGGGCUUUGUCACGUAUGAGAUGGGGCUCAGUACCCUGAGUCCCGGCUCCGUCCCCGCCGAGAGAGGGCAUCAACGGCCAGACUUGUGCAUGGCAUGGGUAUCCAAAAGCAUUGUGCUCGACCACCGAGCGGGCGUUGCCCAUGUGCAAUGCCUCACAACCGAGGAUGCCGACGAUUCGUGGAUUAGUCAAGUUGUCGACACCGUGCAGAGCUCCCAUGCUUGGAAACACCCAGGCUGUAGUCGAAGCAGCGCCGACGCCAAGCCCCGUCGCUCCAACGAAGCUCUCCUAGAUGACAUUGGCCAGCGCAAAGAUCGUCUGCACGUCUCUGUGCCCGACUGCAGGGGCUACGAGGCGGACGUGAAGAAAUGUCAGGACUACAUCAGAGAGGGCGAAUCAUACGAGCUGUGCCUCACGGCCCAAACCAUCAUGACUCGCCCGCCCGGCAACGACCGGCCGCACCGCCCUGGAACAGAGCCGUCUACCGACGGGACGCGAGAGGAACGCGUCGCCAAGCUCGGAAAAGUCUCCCACCCCGAUGGACAAGGCCGGCACGGAACGCCUUGGCAGAUUUUCCGAACACUGCGAGCUAGACAGCCUGCACCCUUUGGCUCCUUGAUCCGUCUAGGUGGCGCCACCAUCAUCAGCAGCUCUCCGGAGCGGUUCCUGAAGCACGACUGCAAAGGCUUGUGCUCCAUGCGUCCAAUGAAGGGGACGGUCCGCAAAUCCGCAGCCGUCUCGACCUUGGCACAGGCUAAAGACAUCCUGCACGUGCCCAAGGAAGAGGCAGAGAACCUCAUGAUUGUGGAUCUUGUGCGGCACGAUCUCUACGGAGUGUGCGGCGCCCAAAGCGUAACCGUGCCCGACCUGUUGCGAGUCGAAGAGUACGCCACUGUUUUCCAGAUGGUCACCGCCGUCCACGGCCAGCUGCCUGCCGAUAAGCUGGCAGCAGGCACGGAUCCGUCACGGGGAGACCUCCCCUUUACAGGCAUGGACGUUCUGGCAUCGUGCUUGCCCCCGGGCAGCAUGACCGGGGCACCCAAGAAACGCAGUUGCGAGAUUCUUCAGACCAUCGAGCCGGCCGAACGCAGCGUCUACUCUGGCGUGAUUGGCUACCUCGACGUGCAGGGAAGCGGUGACUGGAGCGUGACCAUUCGGACAAUGUUCCGGUGGGAUGACGAGACAGCGCCGGCCCAGGAUGGAGAAACAGAGCCGCGCGAGGUUUGGCGAAUCGGCGCUGGCGGUGCGGUGACGACGUUGAGCACGCCAGAGGGCGAGAGGGAGGAGAUGAUGACCAAACUCUGUGGGCCGCUUGGAGUGUUUUCCGACGUUGCAUGA